AUCCUGCACUUCCGGAAAGAUCACGAGAAUGAGAAAGUGUAAACAAAUAACGUUUUUUAAAGAUAGUCAACUAAUGUAAUGGGAAAUGGCUGAAGAUCUUCCUUCCACGUCUGAUGAUAUUCCAAAUGGAAAUACAGGGAAACCACUGAGUGAUUUAGACUCACCAACAACUCCCGAUUCUGGUUGUAAUUAUGACUCAGGAUUAGAAAAGUCAGAAAUUAAGUCAGAUUCCUUAGGUUCUUCUUCAUCAUUAUCCAGCAGUGGCGACGUUGGACAUGAAUCUACUAAUGGACAUAAAAGUACACACGACCCUAGAAUGAAACCUCCACAAACCAGCACACCAGUUUGUGUCAGUACACAGAAAGGAAAUGUCAGAUUUGAUAUUGACAGUCGCCAUGAUUCUGUGGCAAGUUUUGUUUCUGAUUUCAGUAAUGACACAUCUUAUUCUAUAGACUCGAGAGAUGCUCUUCAUCCGGCUGAAGUUCGUGUUCCCAUUGUUGGAUAUGAGAUAAUGACAGAAAGAGCUAAAUUUACUGUGUUCAAAAUAAAAGUACAGCGAACAGAAGGUGACAGUUGGUUUGUGUUUAGGAGAUAUACAGACUUUGUCAGACUCAAUGAAAGGGUGAAGAAGAGAUUUCCAGGAUUAAGUCUUGCCCUACCACCCAAACGAUGGUUUAAGGAUAACUAUGACAAGAACUUUCUAGAAGACAGGCUGUUAGGUUUACAAGCCUUUGUAGAUAAUUGUACUUCACACAAUGAUAUAUGUAACAGUAAGCCUGUGAGAGAGUUCUUCUGUUUUAAUGAUCCCCCAGGGCCACACGACAGCAUAGAAGAGAGCAGGGUAUAUUGUGAAUCACUAGAGGAUUCAGUCAGUACCUUCAGAACCAUUAUGGAUGCUAAAGACCGAGAAAUAGAACUUCUUAAAGAACAAUUAGAUCUCUACAAAGGGCAGGUAGAGGAACUCUCCAAAACUCUCAGUACCCAGACUUUACAUGAAAGUAAGAUCAACAAACAAAAGUUAAAGGAAUAUUCACCCAGCUGAUCAGAGAAAUCCUUAUAACGAUCUCUAUUUACUGUCUACAUUCCAAAAGUAGAAACCACAUAUCAUGCUGCUCAUUUUGUUGAUUUCUUCUAUUACUUGUAUGUUAAAUCACUUAAGGGUUAAUAAUCCUGAACAUGCAUGAACUAUUUGCCACUGGACACUAAGCAAACAAUCAAUUAAUCAUUAGGGUUGACAUCUUCAAGAUAAUUUUUUAGCCCGGCUCCUUACAUUUCGCAAACAUACCGUAGUUAAAUCAUUUUUGUUUUUUUUAUGUUUUUUUUUUCAUUCCAAGUUAAAGUGAUUGAGUAUAAAAAAAUUAUCUAUGUAAGAAAAAAAUGCUGUAGUUUUGCAAGCACAAAAUGUCCAGUAGUGUUAGAAAUUAUUGUAUGUAAGUCUACAUAUUUGACAUCAAAAGACUACAUCUGAAAUUAUUUUACUCUUUUCUUCAAUGUUAAUGUUAGAUAUUGUUCCAUCAAUGAUAUUUAAUUCUUUUUUUCUCACCAUUAUUAUUUUCAAGAAUUAAGAAUAAACUAAGAAGCUGGACUGGUUCCUAAAAUUGUGUGGCAUUAAGGGAACAUUACUACUUUAUUUUUUUAUCCUUAUGUCAAGGACUUUGAGACUGCUCAACAUAAUUUAUGAGGACUGAAGUUUAUGUUUUUGCAUAUGGUCCAUUGAUGAUUUUUCGUACAAAGUAUUCUUUUAUUUUUCUGUGCCUUCAUUUUAAAUUUUCAGAAGGUUGUGAAAUAAAUAUUGACAUAUAUGCAUUAAUCAUGGGCAGUUGUAGUACUGCAGUUAUUAAAAAAGAAAUGGCAUGCAAUAAUUAAUUAUGAAUAAAGACUGUUUCAUUAAAGCAUACAUGGGAACCAGGAAUUAUUAUAUUAGAAUUUUUAGGAAUAGACAAAAAUAUGAUAUUUAUUAUUUUGAGUUCAGGGAAAGCUUCAUACAGAUGUGUAUAAGAUAUCUGUUCAUACUAUUAAGAUCAGUCUUCAAGCUUAACCACAAGUAUGACAGCCAGGGCUUGUAAAAUUGCUUUCAAGCUUGUGAAAUCCUUCUUUACAAGCCAACAGAAGAAAACUAAAAGUUUUGUAAAAUUGAGCUUAAGGCUUGUAGUUUCAAAAGUUUAUCCUAAAGAAUGAGGGAUACUUUCUCAGUCACAUUACUUACAUAAAUAAAAACCUGAAGUAAUCUCUGAAUUUACAGUUACCACCCAUAGAAGCAAUUUUUAAAACUUACUAACAUUUUGAACUUGUACACCACCAUAUUUCACACCUACCCACAACCACAAAUUCAAUUGCCUCUCUGGCUCUUGCAUAUACAUAUGUUUUCAUGGAACAGCUCUUUAAAAGUGUGGUUUAAAAAAGGGAUUCAAUUGAAUUUUUCUAGUCAAAUUGAGUGUUCAGCAUAAUAAAGUCCCUAUAUAUAUAUUAUUCUUAUAACCAUUUUUUAGAUAAGGUCAAUUUGUUUUAUUAUCAUUCAUAUUGAUUUAAGUAAAUGGUAAUCUGUACAAAAAAUUUAUUUCAUAGUCGAGUAUUUUUUCAGCAUUUGUUUUAGAAACUGUUGAUAGUGAUUUUUUCUGAAAAUGUCUGUAAAGCCUACAAAAUCGUCAUAUUCAUAUUUUUUAUAAAUUCCACAACAGUGUAGUUUGUGCUUAUUUAUAGGACAGGGUUUUGCUUUGUAUUAUUUUAUUUUAUUUUUUAUUUUAUUAUUAAUUCAUUGUAUUGUUCAGCAUUUUCUAAUUUAUUUUUUAUAUUUUGUGUAAUGUUAUAAUUAUGAUUAACAAUGCUUGCCAAAUUGUUACGCUUUUGCUCAUUCCACUGUUUGAUUAGUGUAUUUUUUUGUGAUUUCUUUGUUACUUUUAGACUGUUAAUUUUAGAUUGAGCUUAUAAUGUUUGUUAGUAAUUGUAGAUAGGAAGAACAAUUAUGUAUUCUUUACAACGAAACCUGUCUUUAAUGUCUAAAUUGAAACCUGUACUAACUGGGAAUAUCUAAUAGUAAAAAUGAAGACCUAAGAUUUCCAAGUGUCAGUGAUUGUUAGUUUUGUUUUAAUUUGUUUGGCAAGUGGUGUUAAAAGGAAUCCUGAUUUACUCAUUUUCAUAAAGCUCACUCCCCUUCAUAAAGUCCUUGAAAAUAAGUUUUUAACUUUAAAGACCAAUUCCUGUGUUUGUAAUUAAAAUACAUAACUAUGUUGGAAUGAUAAUUGACAUCAAAUUCACAUUUUCAGUUUGUGAAUGUAAUUUGACCGUAAUGUCAAGAGAAAUGUUACGGUUUACAGUUCAAGGGAGCCAAUCAAACUGUUCCUUGAAUUUGCAGAUUUUACUAAGAACAUACAAAAAAUAAUAUGAAAGUUUUUUUUAGAAAUGAUAGCAUUGCUUACCAAGCUAAACAUAUUUACUUGUGCUAAAUUAUUCAUUGAAACAUGAAAAAAAGUUUCUUUAAGUUAUAUUUAUAACUGGAAAAUGGCAUAUUUUGAACUUUUGAUACAUAUUGCUAAGGAUAUUUUUACAGGCUUUAAAAAAAUGUUUUAAAUGGCAUUAUAUGUUUAAUGAUAUGUACCGUUACAUACAAAAAAUAUUCAUCAUUAAUGACUGACUUAUAAACACAUCAAAGAGAAUUCAUUUCUCAUUGUAUUGCAUGAUCCUGUACGGGGUUAUGUCCCUUUUCCUGUCCUGCUUGAUAUUUGUUCAUCAUGUUUGUACUAUGUUUUGUACAGAUAUACAUAAUACUGGUAACAGAUUUAAAUAAUACAGUCACAUACUUUAUUUUUGUUGAAUCUAACUUUUGUGAAAUAACAAAAUGUUGCCUUUUUCAAAGAUACUUUUUUACUGAUUUUGUCAGUCCAUACAGACAACUGAUAUCUUGUUAUAUGUUGAUAACUUAAUACAGUAUUUUUGUUUGCCUCUGCCAAUGAAAAGUAGAAUCUGCAGAAUAAAAACAAAUCUUCAGAAUGAACACUACUGAAACUGUAGUUUAUUAGUGUGUAAAACUGACUAUAAAUGCUAUUUUUGUAUAUACCGUAAUAGACACAACAAGUAAUAUGUGCCAUACACCUAAUGCUUGUCACAGAUGAGGGAGGAUAGGACCAUUAUCCGGACUCUGGGAUCGGGUGUUUUUAAGCUCGGUAUUUAGGGAUUGACACUUUCGUGAUCCUGGAAUUCUUUUUUUCGAAUUUCGGGACCUCAGGAUUUUGUGUUUUUAAGUCCGGGAUUUAGGGAUCUGGUGUUUUUUAAGCCCGGGAUUUUGGGAUCAGAACCCCUCCUACCCCCUCUCACAGAUACUGGUGUUGUAUCACUACAAUUUUUAUGUUUUUUAUGAUAAAUCCAAUGUAGAAACACUGUCUCUUAUUUGGUAGAAGAGUUAAGAAAAUUUCACCAUAAGAAUGAUAGCUUUAUUCUUUUUAACAUGUCCCUAUUAUUUUAUUAUACUCAGAAUAUUCCUAGUCAGUAAAAUGAUUAACUUUAUUCAACAAAAUUUUUCGUAAAAACAUAGAACUCAAAUAAUCUGUUAAAGAACUAAAUAUUUCAAAUUCUUAUUUUUCUAUUAGAAUUUUUAUAUACUUAAACUUUUAUUUCUGCAAAUAUAUUUCCAAUGAAAAAUCUAGAGGUAUCAAUCUCCUGCCAAAAGUUGAAGAUACAUGCUUUAUUUGAUUUAUUUAAUUUUAUAUUUGUACAUUUAAGGACUAAGAUCUCAUUUGACAUUUUCUCUGUUUUUAAUGUGUUCACAUUUACAAAGUCUAUCAGAAGAAUAUGUAAUGUAAUGUUAGAAAUUAAAAUUUGUGUUUAAUAAAUCAUUUUUGUAUAUAGAUAAUUAAUAUUUUCAAACGAUUAUAGUUAUUCUGUAUGCAAAAUUGAAAAAUAUUUUAUAAUAUCUGUUGAUAAAGGAAAAUUGGUUGUAGAAAUGGCAUUAUUCUGUUUAAGUUGUUAUCUUCUUUCUGAUAAACUUUUGUUAUAUAUGAAUUGAUCAACAUCUCAAAUUUAUAAGAUACAAAACAAUCUUCAAUAUUAAUUGAACAAAAGAUUUCAAACUGUAAUUUCAGAAAUUAGUCUUUAUUCAUGUCUACCAAAAAAAUUUGCUUGAAAACUGAAAAUGCAUUUUGUUAUGUAAAAGGCUGCUUGCAUUUUUGUCUCAUAGAUGCUUGUGAAUAGAUACAUGUGUAGAAAUUGUAAAGAUUUUGUAAUUUGGACACAAAAUAUUCUUUAUCCCAGAAUUACACAAAGUUACUGUAAACAUGGCUUUUUUUUAACAUAUGAAUUACACAUAAAUUAGAUAUGUGUAUUUUUGAUUGUGUAAAAAAAGUUACAAUGAACCUAAUAGUUAUUUGUUGCUUAUAAGUUAAUUUAUUGAUUAUGAUAUGCGAUAGUGAUACACGUGUGCAAUAAAAUGAUACAUAUAAA